AUGUCACGGCGAGGCUACCCUUCGAGUGAGAUCUAUGAAGAGCGCGAACGCGAUUACUACCCACCCAGCGGCCGUGGUCGACGUACUGUAUACGACGAGGAGAUAGAGAUACGGGAGCGUCGGCGAGCGCCAGAGCGGGAACCAGAUUUCCUUCGAGAUGACUACGGCCGGCGGGAAGCUGGACCGCUAGUCCUGCGAGAAGAAAAGAAAGAGCGCUCACGUGAGAGACCACGACGCAGAGAAGUCGAAGCGGACGAGGUAAUUGUUGCCAGAGGACCGAGAGAGAAGGAGAAACCACGAGAGAGGGAGCUUAUGGAGGAUGAGGUGAUUGUUGCCAGGAGCUCUCCGAGAGAGCGUGAGAGGCCACGAGAGAGAGAAUAUGUGGAACGGGAGGAGAUCGAUAGGGAGAUAGCCUACAGGCCUAGGGGCGCCCCUGUGGCGACGGAGAGGGAGGAGUACGUCUACCGUCGAGCAGAACCAGCACCUCUGCCGCCACAGCAGGUCCGCCAGGAACGAGAGGAGUACGUUUUUCGGGCGCCUGUGAUCAGAGAACCAAGCCCCGCGAGGACGGAGAUAUCUGUCAGAGAAACAGAGAGGGAGAAGCCCCGAGAGAGGGACUAUAGAGAGGAGGAGAUCAUCAUCAGACGGGACGAGAGGGAGAGGGAGAAGCCCCGAGAGAGGGACUAUAGAGAGGAGGAGAUCAUCAUCAGACGGGACGAGAGGGAGAGGGAGAAGCCCCGAGAGAGGGACUAUAGAGAGGAGGAGAUCAUUAUCAGACGGGACGGGAGGGAGAGGGAGAGGCCCCAAGAGAGGGAUUUCAGGGAUGAGGAGAUCAUAAUAAAGAGGGACGAGAGGUCUAGGGGACCGCCUAGGGAGAGAGAAAGAGGCUUCGAGAAGGAAGAGAUCGUCAUCUCAAACCGUGAGAGGCGGAGGCCGCGGGCAGCAAGCUAUGAGAGGGAGAGUCUUACUGUCAGCAGUGGUGAGCGGGAGCGACCACAAGCCAGAUCAAGAGGAGAUUUUCGGGAAGAUGAGCAGAUUAUCGUCCGCCGCGACGAGGGUCGGUCCAGGGCAGGAUCUAGAGGAGGCUUCAGGGAAGAUGAGCAGAUUAUCGUCCGCCGCGACGAGGGUCGGUCCAGGGCAGGAUCCAGAGGUGGCUUCAGAGAAGAGGAUAUCACCAUACGGCGAGGCGAGAGAGAGCGGGAAAGGCCUCGUGAGAGGACCCGUGAGAAAUCCAGAGAAAGAAACUACGACGAUAUUAUCUUCCGGCAUGACGAGUACAGAGGACGGCACGAGGAUCAAAUUAUUAUCAGGCGCAAUGAGAGGUCGCCUUCUCCCGAACCUGAACCCGAACCCGAACCUGAACCUGAACCUGUACCUGUACCUGUACUUGUCCGAGAGCCGGAACCCGUACGAGCCCCACCGAUCGUUCAGGAAAUCAUAACACAUCACCGUCAUAUAGACCAUGGCUUCGAGCGAGCACCCGAACCACCACGCGCGAGAACUCCUCCCCGUCCAAGGUCCCCUUCUCCAGCUCCAGUCCGUGACGAGCGCAUUGAGAUUCGUCAGAGUGGUACUCGUAACGGCCGUCACUAUGACGAAGACAUUGUUUUCCAGCGUGAAGCACCUCGCACGAGAACCCCCCCUCGCCCGAGAUCCCCGUCUCCGGCUCCUGUACGCGACGAGCGGAUCGAGAUUCGUCAGAGUGGCUCUCGUAACGGUCAGCACUAUGACGAAGACAUUGUCUUCGAACGCGAGACCGGUGGUCGCCGCGCCUUAGACGGUGUCCGUCGUAGCGAGCGCCGUGAAGAAGAAGAUGUCCGUGAACUCGCCAUUAUCGAUACCAGAGACAAAGGAAGGCGCUUUGAAGCAGAGAAAUCCAAGAAAGAUAGAAUGUGGACGGAGGUCACAAAAGACCUCGUCAGCGAGGAAGCUAUUAAGGAAGUUGGCUAUGAGUUCGAGGAGACUGACGAGUUCUAUUAUGUAAUGGAGUAUCUGCGCUACGAGGAUGUUCUACGCCUUGUCGAACUUACCGAAGAUAUCAAACGUGAUCGCCGCGAACGCAUCCGUGAGAUCCAGGCUGAGCGCGAAUUUCUCGAGCGGCCCCGGAGACCACUAGCACUCCCACCAGCACCACCACCAUGGGACGAAGAGCGUGUGGUAGAGAGGGAGAUCACCUACGGCCUACCGCCACCGCGCAGAUAUCGCUAA